AGCUAGCUGCGUACCCUUGCGUGAUUCUCUGUACAUCUCCAAGGCUUGUGUUGCAACGUAUCUUCAGGCAAAUAAUAACAUCUGCACCUGAGAGCUGACACGCCCGAUGGAAAACAACGAACAGCCCGAGCUGUGGGGCGCUUCCGAUGAAGACGCUGAAGGCUCUUCUGACUACGAAUCUACCUCUGAAUCUGGCGACGAGUACUCCGAAGAGGAGAAUGCCGUCGCUGGACCGAGCGGCACACAGGCGCAUGCAAACGGGACCCCUGCCCUGCUCGGGGACGCGGAAGACGCGGAAGAUACACAGGUCGAAACUGCGAUCGAGGGUGACUUUGACCGUCUGAUUCAGAACAUCCGCGACGCCGGCGACGGCUCGAGCUCAGGGAUGUUGAACAAGAUGUGGGACAUGGAUCUGGAGGAGCGCGAGGCGGAGUUCAAGGACGACCUCCGAGAGGCGUCCGGGGUCGGCAAGAUGAAGAAAAAGCGCGGCCGGAGACGGGGCCCAGUGCUCUCGCAGCAAGUGCGCGCCCUGAUUGGUGAGGGCAACCAGGCGUUCGUCGACGCCGACCUCCACGAGACGGUGCGCAUCAUGCAGGAGGUCAUCCGCAUCGAGCCGCGCGCGGCCGCGCCGUGGAGCGUGCUUGCACAGUGCUACGACGAUUGGGGCGAACGCAUGAAAGCCCUCCAGUUGCGCAUCAUGGCCGCGCACCUCAACCACGACCCGGACGAAUGGGCUGAGCUCGCGCAGAAGUCGAGGACGUUGGGGUACAACCAGCAGGCGCUGUACUGUUAUGGAAAGAUGUAUCACCUGGACCCAACAAAUGUAAACGCGCUGUGGGACCGUGCUUCCCUCGCCAAGGAGAUCGGUGACCUCAAGACGGCCCGCUCGACGAUGCUCGCCAUGCUCAAGCGUCUACCUCACCACCUCCCCGUACUCGAAGAACUUCGUCCGAUCCUCAUCGAGCUCUCCGACUUCACGCUCUGCGCGGACCUCUUCCAGCGCGCCUUCGACCACUACCGCGCCGCAUUCCCCGCCGGGCUCGGGCUCGACGCGGAGACAGGCAAGGAGGUUCCCGGGGGUGGCUUUGGGCUCAUGAGUCUGCUAGUGCUCGCGGACCUGUACAACACCCUGGGGGCGCAUGCGCAGGCCGUGGACACGAUCCGGCGCGGGUGCCGCUGGCUGCAGGGGCGCGCGGCGCAGAAGUUUUGGGACGCGUGCGAGGACGACCGGGAGUGGGAUGUGGUGGAGAAUGGGGUGCAGCGCGGGGGCGAGGGCGAGGUGCAGCCGGGGAUGUACCCGCUGGACGUCAAUGCGCGGCAUCGGCUGGCGAUUGCGCGCAUCAAGGGCGGCGAUGUCGAGGAGGGCAAGAUGCACGCCAAAAUAGUGCUGGCGCAGGAUACUGCAGAAUACUCUGCGCUGUUCUCGGAGAUUGCAGACGCGUACUUUGAGAGGGAGAUGUAUGCGGAGGCCGGUCACAUCUACGAGAUGUUGGGCGGCGAUGCGGGCACAAGUAGCAUGUAUGUGCUCCUCCAAGCGGCUGCAUGUCGUCGCAUGAUUGGCGACCUGAAGGAAGCGGCAGAGGUCUACGAACACGUCAUACAGGCAGACCCUGGGCACAACGAGGCGAAGAUGAAGCUUGCAGAGAUUUACGAAAUCCUCAACGAGCCAAGGAAGGCGUUAGAUUUGGUCAUGCAAGUGAUCGAUUCCCGCAAACGCCGCGCCGCGCAACGAGACGGUACAGUCGACUCCGGUGGCGGGGACCCCGCCUCCGCCUCCCUCUUCGAAGAAGGCAAAGUUCGCGGAGCAAAGGCCAAGGGGACACCCGCGAAGGCCAACCCAAACAAGCUCACAGUCACGCAACUGCGCGAGCUUGAGACGCAGAAGGAGCGUGAGGGCGUGCAGUCAUGGCAUCGCGUGCAGGAGUUGUAUGCGCGCAUGCUGGCAGGCGAGGAGGAGGCGACGCGUGAGUGGCUCGUUGAAGCGGAGAAACUUGUCGAGUCGUUCAGAGAGACGCGAGCGUUGUUCUUGACGAGUCGGCAUCGCGGAUUCCGCGGGAUGUUUCCGAGGAGCGCGCGAAAGCAGACUACGGAGGCGAGCGAGGAUAGCAUGGCGUCGCGGUUGCAACUCGAACUUGGUCGCGACACUCUGACGCGCAAAGGUGCCAAGGCCGAGAAUGUGAACACCUUCCGGACUAUCCCGUUCGACGACUGGUUGCGGCUGUUCAUGCAUUAUGCUUUCCUCUUGACAAGGCGAGGGCAGUACGAGCCCGCCAAUGAGGUCCUGCGGCACUUACUGUUCUCCAACGCCUUCCAGUCGCGCUCGUCGCAAGACUCCAUCCGCCUAGCCCUGAUUACCUGUGCGAUCCAUGCAGACCAGUUCCAGACCGUCGUCGAACAAGCCCGCAAGUUGAUCAACGGGCACCAGUUCAACAACGAGCCUAUCCGGCUUCUCGUAGCGUCUCUCGGGAGCGGGCUUCGAGCGACAGACGCGUUCCUCGUAUCGACGCUCUCGAAACACCUGCUGCGAGAAACCCGACUGGCCGACGCGGCCGUCAAAGACCCGGAGGCUCUUCGUUACAACACCGCUCAACGGCGAUACGGCGUGGUCGGUUCCGCGAUAAAAGCCGAUCCUGACGACAUACCCGACGACGAGGACGAGGUGGAAACCCCUGCUGCCGUCGCGGAGUUUGAGCACGCGAAGCUGCCGACGAAGGCCAAUCCGGUGAACGUUGCCGUGUACGGACAGAUCCUCCUGGCGGCGAAGAGCUAUCAGAGUGCGCUAUUCUAUCUAUUGCAGGCGUACGAUUAUGCACCCGACGAUCCACUCGUUUCACUGUGUCUUGCUAUCGCCUCCGUUGGGCGCGCGAUGCAGAGGCAGUCUGACAACCGACAUCAUCUCAUCACCCAGGGCAUGGCGUUCUUGACGCGAUAUCGAGAGCUGCGUGGCGAGACAGCUGAGGGACUGGACGAGGUCGAGUACAACUUCGGUCGCGUCUUCCACCAACUCGGUCUGCAUACGCUCGCUGUUCGUCAUUACGAACGCGUAUUGAGCGCAGCGGAGGCAAGAGCAAAUGCCAAUGACGAGGACUGCGGGCUUGCGCGCGAAGCCGCGCAUAACUUAUCUCUCAUCUAUGUCAGCACCGGUGCUGCGCCUCUGGCGCAGGCACUCUACCGACGGUGGCUGUCUUUAUAG